AUGGCUUCCCCGUCGAGCGCCCCUUCAAGCAUCCGCACGGGGCCGCUCCCCAGCAAGCGCGGCGAGAUUGGCUACCAGGAAGGUAUGGACCUCGUCGAUCAUGCGAACUCGUCCUCCACCUCCCUCCCCGGGCGACAUCCUGCCGACCGAGACGCCCCACCCUCCGCGGACGCCCCGUCCAGGUCCUCGACAUCCUCUUCUUCUUCAACCUCUUCCUCAAAUGCGCCCGCGCCGAGCCCUGCUCGCGCCGAGGAGUCCGCCUCGGUGCACUCCGGCAACUCGACCGGAAAGCGGAGUCUAAUCUCCUUCCUCAAGCCGAAGCGGAUACCAACAUACGGCGGAUUGCGGCUCACCUCCCUCGCCGUCUUCCUCUUCCAGCUCGGACUCCUCGGAGCGACCAUCGCCGGUUGGGUCCUCACCGCGAUGUACAUGUCCUCGCACAACGUCUCGAGCCCCUCCACUACCUCCUCCUCCUCCGACCCCUCGUCGUCAAGUUCAGACGGCGACCAGACCUCCACGACCACGACCACCGGCGCAUUCUCCGCGCAGUCCGGGCAGAUCUUCGUCCACGUCGCCUUCACCCUCGUCGUCGUCGCCGAGUUCAUCUUCCUCGAGCGCUCCACCUUCCGCCUCCGCGCCGAGCGCUACGCGCACGUCCACCCCGGCUCGGUCCUGCCCCGGCACCGCGGGCAGAACGGCCUCGGCGGCGGCGGCUCGUCCACCGACCUCUCCGUCGCGUUCGCGCCCUGGAACCGCCCCUCGCUGCCGACGUACGCCGCCGCGCUCGCGCAGGCGGGCGUCGGCACGGGCGACGUCGAGGACGCCCAGAUCGCGAUCCCGCCCCCGCCGGCGUACGGGAACACGCGCGGGAGCACGCUGCUCCUCCGCGGCUUCCUCACCGACGCGCUGCGCGCGCAGCGGCCCCGGAGCAGCGACGAGUGGAGCGUCGUGAGCCGGCCGGAGGGCGUCGACGGCGAGGGCCGGCUGCGCGCGCCGGCGGUGGCCGAGGGCGAGCGGCCGAAGAGCUACGCGAGCGUGGACUCGGAGUGGGAGGCGAGGCUGGACGCGGACCGCGCGCUCGUGCUGGAGGAGACCCUCGCCCAGCUCGAGGACGGCAGGCGGGCGCGGUGA